UGUUUUUGAAAAAAAAGAGUGGCUGGGAUACUUGCUUUUUCCCACAUGACAAUUUUUGUGCACUUUGCUGUGUGUCUUUCCCUGAUGGAGACCCUGGCUGGUGUAAGGGCAAAUUGCUACGUAGUCGCAUUGGUUGCAGUAUCCUCUUAAAGUUGGCAGUAUAAUAAAAGAACUCAAAAGUACUGAGGACCAACUUCAAAACACAUUGGAGAAGGAAAUUGCAGUAUGUAUGAAUACAAAAUUGGUGACCACCGCUGUCAUCAGUUGGUUUUUCUAACCUUUACUGCACUAAGAAUUAAAGACUGGGUGAUUUAGAUAAGUAGACAUGUAUGGCAAGGAGUGAAUGGCAAAAAAUAAGCUCCCUGUGACCAAUUUACGGUCUUAAAAUUGUAAGCCAUUUGGGAACGAUGAACAAAUACAAGAUGAUUGGUUUUCACUCCCUAGCAUUUGCUUAAGAAUUAACAUAAAACAACCAUAAAAGAAAGAAAAUUUGAAACUGAUUUCUUUUGUAAAACAGAGAAUAUAUGACAAGUUCAUAAGCACUCUCUUUGUAAGACAUUCACUUUUUAAGAAAGAUGAAUCAAUAUUUGCUGUGUGCAGAGUGACUUGCAUUUUGUACUUCUUUAACCCUAUGCACAGCAGUAUUAACAGACCAGUAUAAUUUUGAUUUAAGAACUCAAGCAAGUUUUAAGUGAUGUAAAUGCGUUGUUUGAGUACUGUGAAUUAGAGUGCUUUGUGUUAAUAGGAAUCAGCAGAUCAGCAAAUAGCUGCUCAGCAGUGCAUUAGGUACGCCUGAGUUACAUAUAGAUGUUGAAAAACAGUUUACUGUUAAGCACUUUACUGCCUGAGCGAAUGCAAGUACUGCUCAAAGCUUACUGUGGUAGAAAGCCUCAUUCAUGAGGCAAAAGUAACAAAAGGAGGAGGCCAUCUUUCCAAGAAGGUUUCCAAGAGUGCAGAAAUGCGCUCUUCACGCUGGAAUGAGUAAAUGGAGCUCAGUGAUCUAACUUGCAGCUCAUCACUUAAGCAACGCUGCCAGAAAAUAGCCAGCAAACUGUGAAUGCCAGUGAGGCACUGAGGAACCAAGUUAGCACACCCAGGAACCCAAGCGUGCUGCAGGCAUUGAAGUGGACCUUUAUGAGAGUAAAAAAAAAUACCCCAAGAUCUCCAUCCCCUGCAGAUCAGAAAGUGAGUGUGACAGUUUUCAAAUCUUCCUGAAAGACUAACAAAGCACCUCUCGUAUUUUAACUUCCUGUUAUUUUCCACUGCCUUUCAUUAGGUGCCCAGUUGUUUACUAGAAAUUGUUUUCAAACAAUAAUACACCGUUCACUCGCCAUGAAAGUGGUUUCUGUUCCCUUUGAUAAGAAGUUAAUGGAAUGACCAACUGCAUGCAUCUUCUUCCUCACCCUCAGGGUUAGUUCUCAGGAACUGCAGCCCAUUUCUUGCUGAAGCCCACAGAAACAUGAAAUCUGCACUUGGUUAUAAAGACAGCUAUUGGAAGUGAGGGUGAGCUACAUCCUGCUGCUGGUAGGAGCUUAGAGGCAGACAUCCACUGCCCUCCAGGGAAAGGGUUCCUUAUCUACUUAAAGAGAAUGUAUUCAACUUGGAACAGGACAGUUUUUCUGAAGAUGUCUUUCUAAAACAAAAAGAAAUUAUGAAGAAUUAACUUACAAGGUGAUGCAACGAGACAGUAGACUGCAUUUCUACUAUUAUUGGUGUAAUUGGUACUUGAACAUCUGAUCCUGCCAUAAAAAUUAUCUUCUCAAAACUAAUCUUCUCUUUUACUUUGCAGACCAUGUUAUCUAAAGGAAAAACAUAGCAACCCUGGCAGCACAGCCUCAUGGACCAGCUGGGGAGAUUCACUCAAUUUGAUGCUAAAGGAAAACUGGAUCAGAUUCGACUGUACUUAACAAAGAAACUUCUGCCACGCUUGGAAGACAGAAGGAAGUAUCGUCAGGAGUUUGCCUCCUCCACAUCGUUCCAUGGAGUGCAUAAAAUUGUUCAAACACAGAGCAGCACACGCAGAGUGCUGUGGCUGCUAGUAGUCACAGCCUGUCUUGGCAUCGUCAUCUGGCAGAUCUGCAGUCGCUUUAACUACUACUUCAGCUGGCCAACCACCACUACAGUGGUAGUUCAGCAUGUGGAAAAUGUCAAAUUCCCUGCUGUGACUUUUUGCAACCUGAACAGGUUUCAAGCUCAUGCAGUGAGUAACCUUCAAAUCAUUUUUUUCCUUUGGAACAUUGCGUCUGGAAUUGUCCAAACAUUUUCUAUGGAAGACAAAUAUUUCCAAGAGCUAAAUGGCUUCCUUCUUGGAAACCAAAACUUCAGCAUUAAAGAGUUCACAAGGGAAAACGGAUUUUAUCUGAAUGGCAGCACACUGCUAGAAUGUGAAUUUUUUGGGAAGACCUGUCACCCGGAGGAUUUUGAACACAUUUUCACUGAAUAUGGAAACUGCUUCACUUUUAAUCACAACGACCUUCCAGCAAGAAGUGUGAGCUUGUCUGGAAGAGGCUUACAUUUACUUUUUGAUGUCCAACAGAAGCAAUUCACCGAUGACCCUGCCCUCGGUUAUACUGAUGCUGGUAUCACGUUUGUUAUCCAUUCACCCAAAGAGAUGCCACGCUUUGAUGGGUUAGGUUUGCUAACACCAGUCGGCACGCAUGCGCAGGUCGCGAUUCAGCAGCUGAAGUCAAUCAUUCAAGAAUAUCCAUGGGGAGAGUGCAAGCCUGAUAUCAAACUUCAGUACCAGGAUAUUUACACUACUAAUGGCUGUUUGCAGGAAUGCAAGGCCUGGUAUAUACAGGAUUGGUGCGGCUGUUCACCUUUUAUCCUUCCAGGAAAUGGAAUAGAGUGUGAUUUAAUGAAGUCUUACAAUUGUGUUUAUCCUGCAAUCCAUGAUAUAGAGGUAAAAGGAUUAUGUACAGUAGGAACCCACAACUCCACUUGCCCUGCCCCAUGUGAAGAAACACAUUACCCUACCACUGUCACCUAUUCAAGUUUUGGAGGAGAAAAUGCCAUUAAAUACAUUUCUGCAAAGCUGAAGAAGAGUCCAGAGUACAUCAGGAAGAACCUUGUGACUAUUGACAUUAAAUACGAUGAUCUGAGCUACAGAAUAACUCAGCAGCAGAAGGCCUUGACCAUACCUGAGUUGCUUGCUGAUGUAGGUGGUCAGCUUGGAUUGUUUUGUGGUGCCAGUAUGAUUACACUCAUAGAACUGCUCGAGUAUAUUUUUACCAAUUUCUUCUGGAUGUGCCUCUUUCUUCUACUGAAAGCUCCUGAAGUACCUCAGUGGAAUAAUCCACCCCAUGACCAACCAACGCACGUGGAAAAAAAGAAGAGAAUACAGGAAUGUUAAUGGCUUGGAGAGACACAAAACUAGUUGUUUCUCCAACUUCCCUUCAUCUCUAAAAUAUAAAGGAGACAGUAAUACCUUCCGUGGCACCCUUCCCUUGUACUCCUUAUCCUUCCUGUUUUAUUUAGUGCCUACAGCUAUUUAACUGUGCUAGAUAAUUUUAAGGAAAGAACUUUGGAAAGCCUCACCUUCUUCAUAUAAAGAAAAAUCUAAUACUUACCUAAGAUUUUAUUUUAAAUUGCCAUUUUAAGAAAAAAAAUCAUAGAAAAACACUACAGACAUUCAAUGCAACCUUGUACUUUUGACUUACGCCUUCUGGGUAAAGAGAAAUAACACUCAUGCUAAAGUAUUACACCAGAAGUUCCCUAACCAUUAUAAAGAUGUAUAUUGCUGUGCUGAAAAAAAAGUAGAUUCCUUAUUACUGACAAAGGCUUCAUUAUAAGGCUUACUUCUUCCAGCAAAGGACAGUGUAGCUUUGCCUAUCAGAAUCAGGAAGGUGCCUAGUAUCAAUAAAUUCUACAGCAAAUUGUCUGUUUGCCAGUAAAUGGAAAAUAAAAAUCUCAUGAGUCUGCCAACUACUAGAAAUGCAAAACUGAGAAACUUAGAGCAACGUAGUUAGCAAGAGGAUUAACACAGGCCAAGCUUACACUGUUGGACUCUGGAGACAGCGAACAAACUUGCUUUCCCUCUACUCUUUUUAAUGAGCAUCCACAACUGUAAGACAUACAGCAGAAUUAUAAUUUAAUCACAGAAAAGAUUCAUUUGUUAAGGCAAUGGAGGUACUGACCUCAUAUUUUAUAGGCUCUACUGACAGAGUUAUCACUGCUGGAGGCAAUAGAACUUAUGGAUGGCUCAGUAGGACUGAGCAGCAUAAUUUCAAUGUUAAAUGGAUAAAAAAAGAUGAAAUGCUUAAUUUAAUUCUUACUCUUGCUUUUAGUAGGAUUUAUGUGGCUUCAGUGCUGAAUCAUGCUUUCCAUGUUUUGUUGCUCUGGAUUUUCUCUCUCUAGAUUAUUGUUGUGUUUCCCUGUGCACAAUAUUCAUUUUCACACUCUUGGGCAGCAGACCAGAGUAUCAGAGUACAAGAAAGAAAGCCAUAUAAUCUAACAGAGAGAGAAUCUGUAAUGAAAUUUUGUUUGGGGAGGAGGCUGGAAAUGCUUUGAGACUUGUGUCACAUCUUCUGAAAAGUUUCACUGGCCAAUUUCCCUUUUUUUAAAAACAAAAAACAAACUACAUUCACAAGAUUACUGCUGCAAUGUAUGUGUCAGGCAUCUCUAAAGGAGCAACAGAGAAGUAAGGAUUUAUUCAAAGAGAAAAGGAAUGAUCUGGACUAGAGAACCCAGUAGUCAGGCUUGGCUCUUGCUUAUUUGGCAGACAAAUGGAGCACAGAAUGGCCUGUGUUGGGUCAGGCUUUGGAGCACACAGCAGAUUAGUUCAUUGCAGUGCCUCACCAGCAGAUGCCCCACUUACCGAAGGUUUCUCCUGCUCACAACCAUGGAGUUAAUUUCUCAGCGUGUGAUGUACAAUUUCUCACUGUAAUUUGAAUCAAUUUAUUUCUCUCUCAUGAUGAUGUAUGAGCUUGGGAAAUAUUUCUAAGGAGUUGCUGAUGAAUCUGAUGUUACUCAGCCUGAACUGAGCAGCACGGUCUAUGCAGUACAAUGUUUAGAUUGAUUUCUGAGGUAAACAAACAAAAGUAUAUAUCCAUUUCCACUCUGCAUUAAAAUAAGCUAAACAGUGAAUCUCUUAAGGAGCUUACACAAGCAUACUGAUCUACUGCUAAUUAAGGGCAAAGAAGAAUAUCCUCAAUCUUCACAAUCAGAGCUGCAUUACUAGACAAAAAUUGCUGAUGUUUGAAAGUAGACAGCUGAUUCUGCCACUAGUCUUAACACAGCUUUUUGCACUGUGUAUGGAUCGAGUGCUGGUAGAACUUUAGGAUAACAGUGCUCCCCACCUAGGCAAUGUGCCAUGGCAGCUAGAUACUAACUCUGGGUUUCUUAUGGCUCCUUUACUCACUGCUGUAGGGUUGCUCUAUAUUCUACAAAUCCAGGGAUUGUCAACCAAUUCUAAGAACUCUGGACCAAAUGGGUGCAAUUGUUUCCACAUGGUGGAAUUCUGUUCCACACAUUUCACUUCCUAUAUCCUUCCAUAUCAGAUGCCAUUUUAUCAGACUGUCCCCCUCUGCUGCCACC